AAGCGUUCUCAAGAAUCUUGCAUCACAACGCUGACUGUGAAGCCGAAGAGAUUUUUUCACUAGAAUCAGUAAGACUUCUAAUAGCACGCACGAAAUGAAGAUCCUGUUGGCCUGCGUCUUUCUUCUUUGCAUUUCAGGAGGUAAGUAGCAAAUUUCUGUCUCGUUCACAGUUUGUUUUGUUUCGCUAGUGGGCUUUUGGGGUGUUGGCUCCGUCUGUAGUUCGUUAAUGUUGCGAGAAAAACAGAAGGUUAAGCAUCUAACGCUUUCCACUUUCUGAUAACUUUAGGUUCCUUUUUUACUUUUAUUUAGUCAUCUAAGUGCUGUUAUAGCCUCGUAGCUUCUCACUCGCUCCAUUUGUUUGUUUCGUGCUAGGUACGAAGGGGGUGGGGCGCGCCGCCUAAAUCUCGCUUAGAUCUUUCUUUAUGCAUCGAUCUACAACUAGUGUUUUAUUGUCGUUGACAUUAAAUGAUGUACUUGGAACUAAGCGAAAAGGAAAUUGUAAGAGUUACGUUUUGAAAAGCUGGUUCAGUUUGGGCGUUUGUGCCACAGAACUCAGCAAAUCAUUUAAUGACCAAUUUUGAUUUAGAGUGCCGGUGGUACAGUUUGUGUUUCCGAAUUCUUGGUUUUCACAUUCAAACUAAAAAAAUAUCACUUCUUCUGAGUUUCUACUUUCAUGUGGUAUUACAGCACCUUAAAACCUUUAUACAAACAAAUUUUCACUUCAAAAGGGUCCUUCGUUUUCCGAUACAGGACGCUUGAAUUUCUACGAUUUUGCGCGACGCGGCAUUUAGCUGACUGCUAGGAAAGCUCUUAUAUAUGUGGGUUAAAAACAUUACCGAUUUUGGGAGAUUUUGCUAUCUAAACAUUCCUUAUCUCAGAAUAAAUAUAACUUUAAUCUUUAUGAGUUCCUCAAGCGUAGAGUUCAGGCAUUAGUAGGAAAACUCAAAAACAGAUAGGAUGUACGUUUCUGUUGGUUUCCGGCGGCCACAUUUGUGCCCCUGAAAGAGAUACAAACAUGGCGUCUCCAUACAAAGCUCUAUAAAUUUGGGUUAAACGUUUUUCAGAAUAUCCGUCGCAUAUGUAGUAUUGCACAGACCUGAUUCUUGGCAAGACUUUUUGUAUAUUUGUCUUGUUUCAUUUUCCAGUUUCUAGACUUUCUGUAUUAAAAGGUUUCCAUUUUUAUUUUUGAUGGCGUGACAGUGAAAAUCACCAAUUCAAAGUAGACAGACUCCAAAUUAUCGUAGUUGCUACAAAAUAUAUCUACAAUAGCCGAGAACACGACGACAUCCCUCACCUCGAUCAAAUGAGUUAAGAAAAACACUUCAAAGCCAAGGUUUUUAUUUAUCGUGUUAUAACGCUGCCAAUCUACUAAACCUUACACCUUGAUACCGGAGUACAAACUGUCGGUGCUUUAGGCCAAAAUAAAUUCAGUUUAGUUUCACGCGAAGCGUUCUCAACGAAAAUGAAGCUCGCCAUUUUAAGACCACGCGAAGCAAGGUAUUUGAAUUACUCAAUUUAUUUAUCUUCGUACAAAACUAAGCACCUCAGAAACCGCGGUGCACCUAUCUCAGCUUUCAUAGCUUUGGAUCAUUUUCUACGCAAAAACAUACUCUCUCGUUGUUGUCGAAAAAUUCUUUUUUACCACUAAUCAUCACUGACUUACACUUCUUUUUCAAGCUCAGUGACCAGUGGCUUCGAACAGAAUCUCAAACAUACCAAAAUAGGGAACUGGAAAUGUUUUCACCAACGGGGAAGGGUGUGAGCGUGACGAGCAAUUUGCGAAGUCAAUCGGUAUAAUAUCUAGAUGCAGCUUCUUUCUUCCUAAAUCGUCUUUACGUAUGCUCUACUAUUCCUUAAUUUAUCCUUAUUUUUACUACUGCAAUAUCGUUUGGGCUUCGACCUAUAAAACCAAUCUCCGCCGCCUUGUUACGCCGCCUUGUUAUCCUUCAAAAGCGCAUUGUUAGAAUUAUUAAUAAAUCACAUUUCAAAGCUCAUACUGAACCCACCUUAAAAGACCUCGUAUACUAAAAUUUAAUGAUAUCCAUUUGCUUCAACUGGGCCAAUUUAUGUAUUCUUGCAAAAAUUCAUUCUUACCUCCAAAGUUUAAUAACAAUUUCUCCCAAAGCAAUCAAUUCCACUCUUACAAUACAAGAAAUUCCCAGGCCUAACGUCUACCGUAUUGUCGUACAAAAACGAAGAAGUUCUCGCCCAUUUUUCAAGGGCCUAAGUUUUUAAUUCACUUGACAACAACGUCAUCAACUCUCAAUGCCUCUCCUCUUUUAAGAAAAACUGAAGAUUAACUUAUUGAAUAAGUAUGAAAAGAGUUCAAAAGUCUUUCCAUCUUUGACUUUUCGCCUUCUUUUCUUCAAUUGAUGUGAAACAGCUCUAGCUCAUAGUUCGAGGAGGCCUAACCUCUCAUAAGCUCCUAUAGUUUCUGUUAGGUCUCCUCGCCACUUUUUUUUUUUUCUUCUUUUCCUAUAUUUUUUGUAAUUAUUGUGAGGCAAAUAAAAUAACAAUAAAAUAAAUCUCGUUUUUGUGGCUUUACUGCCGCAGUCAGCCAUAAUGCUAUCGCGUUGAGUCCAAGACCACUGAGGAACUCUACCGAAUUCUAUCCGGUAUUCCGCGAUAUUAGCCCCUUUUUGAUUGUGGAUUGAAAUGUAUUUUAAAAAAACUGCUUCACAGCUAAUCAAUUCCCCCCUUCCUGGUAUUUACAUGUUUUUUUUAGUCAAUUAUAUAACUUAUAACCAGCCAUGCAGAUCAUAGCCGGUGUAGCAAGCGUUUCCGUGCGGUUUAGGAGCAAAGAACGAGGAACGAGCAGGCGCGAAAAAUGGCGUAAGUACAAGAGCGGGGAGGGGGUGGGGAAAAAAAGGAAGGAAACGCUUGCAUUUUGAAAACCGCCCAUUUGGCCUGUUAUGCCUGAGUUCGCGCACUGACAUUUGAUGCUGUCAUCAGCUGUCAUAAUUGGCCAAUAAAAUGUUUGGCUUUCAGUGGACCGGAAAUGAACUUCAGAGGACGCUUAUGUGAACCCAAAAUAUAUAUUUUUUGUAUUUGUAUUUUUUGUAACACGUGGACGGCGUUUAUGUUGAAAUAUCAAUGAAUCCGAACGAUCAAUACAGGCUUUGGACAUUUGUCUUUUUUAAUCCGUCUAACAGAACAGUCUGUAAAUAACCAUCUGGGAGAAUUCAACAUCCCUCAAAAAAACAUUAACGAGCUGGGCCCUGCAUGACACAUUGCAGGAAACGAUAGGAUUCGCGAACAAAAGAAAAUCGCUUUUAGUUAUUCAGAUCCAGGAGGCACUUUAGAGAAUAAAUUAAACGAUCUGAAACCCUUAUUUAGUCGCAAGAAGAGCCUUACGUUUCAAAAGAGGUCAAAGAAAGUGGCCUUGUAUUGGAGGGCAAAUCUUGCCGACCAGAAUAAACACAGGGGGCCCACACAAUCUGUUUGUGUAGCCGAUUGUUAUUUUAUAGUAAAUGUACUGGAUUUACCGUUUGCUUCACCUAUAGCGAUAUAUCGCUAGCUAUGUAUAUAAAUCAAUGAUAAAUAAACGUUGAAUUACCUUGCCUGUGGUGUAUAGGCGUCCUUUUGCUUCAAAAGCGGUUUUUUGAGCGAUUUUGAAUGAAUUUAUUAUAUGGAACAGUCAACGGCGAACUCAAAUUCAAAACGUAAUCAAAUGAAAAGUUGGCGAGUCAAUUUCCACGAUCAUCAUCGUUGCGCCUCUCGUACCCAUAAUGAAACCAAGCUCAAGCGAUUUGGAAUAACGGCAAUAACAGCCAUAGGUUGGGGACAGGAGGAAGGCAUGGACGAAGACACGGCAAUGUGAAAGGAAGGUGUGCGUGUGAGAUCAUUUAUGGAAGCCCAGAAAGGCAAAAAAAGUCUUAUUUGAAAAAUUAUUUAGCCGCAAUACUGAAAAGAUUAAUGCUUUAACAGAGGUCAAAGAAAAUCAGUACUUAACUGCAUCUGGAAUCAAAUUCUUUCAGAAACAAACCGCAGGAAAUAAUUGCCCAGUAUGCGUGACUGACCGUCUAAAUGUUAGACUCAGAGGGACAGAAAUUAGAUUUGCUUAGUUAUAAAGGAAGGAAAACCUCUGAUGUUGUUUAUUGAAAGCUGACUCAAAGGUCACGUUUGAUACUAUCACGAGCUUAUGAGUCGCGUCUAGCCUGUCGGCACUUUGUAGUUCAUGUCACAGUUACGCUGUCGGCGGUCAAUUAAGGGCGGAAAGAGCUCUGUAAGGGAAUGUUUACUGGCGUUCUCUCCCCCUUCCCGUCUAGUCUCCCCUCGUUUUCGUUUUUUUCGUGAAUUUUUCUCCCGCGCUCUACUAUCUGAACGCCUGAAACAGGCUACUAGCCGAGCCAAUCAGGCGCUGCGUUCGCUGGCGAACGCAGGUUUUCAAAUCGAGGGGUUUGUCUGCAAGCGUUUCCUUCCUUCCCCUCCCCCUCCCCCCACUUUCAUUUUUUGGCUCUUGUUUCAUUUCUCGCGCGGCCAAAACCGAGAAUCCCGUUCCUCGGUCUUUCUUUGCUCCGAAACCAAGCGGAAACGCUUGCUACGCAGGCUAUGCAGAUCAGUGCCUUUAAGGAGGGUCCAGACCCUCUGGACCCUCUCCCUGGACUGAGGUUCUAGCCACACUAUUUACAGUAAAUAUGAGAAAUAAAUGAGUGACUUCGGCUACAGACUACCUAAUAGAGGGUAUUACAGGUUUAACUGUAAUAGCAAUUAAGCAGAUAUCAACUUUCAUGAGCAAACGUUUUAGAAACAUUACACUCUCACCAGUCGGUAGAGCGCUAGACUGCGGAGCGGGAGGUCGCGGCCGGACCAAUACUCAGGGUCUUAAAAAUAACUGAGAAUGAAGGUACUUCCUUUGCCCUGCAGGCGGCUGGACCUUCGCGUGGCUCGGAUGACCACGUAAAAUGGCGGUCCCGUCUCCAUUAGGAGACGUAAAAUAUAGUGUCCCCAAUUAGCACUUUCGUGCUAAAUACAUUGACACUCAAAUAAGGUGCUUUUUUUUUUCUUCAAUUACCCUUACCACUGAGGUUUUUUCUCACAUGCAAAGAGGAGCUUCCUACCCUUAUGCCAAUUUUCGAUUUCAACACCUCACCGAUCUCGACAAAAAGCGAAAAUGCAAACUUUCGCGGCACAUUAUUCCACUCGAGGAAUUUGAGCGAAGCUGUAGAUGCAAUUCUCCCCUCGAAAAACAUCACUGAUUGAUAGAUUUUAACGCGCUGGUAAACUCCUCGCUCUCGCGUUUCUUUUCAUGUGCAGCUCACGUAUGACUCCCCGCGCCUGCCAUUUUGGGUCCUAUUUACACUACGACAAAAAUAUGAUUUAAGCGUCGGCGAAAAAUGUGAAAAUUUGUUACUUACCGGUUUUUUAAAAAACUCGUGCAGUCUGAGGCACGAGAAGUUUUUUGGCUAACCAGAAACGUCAAUAAUAAUUAAAGGAACUUUAAUUGGUCACUUCACGAAAUAACAUGACCCGACGAAGGACAGUUGUCAAGGAACAAACGAGUUUGUCGCCUGACAAAAAAAUUGUAGGCCUUCAAAUCUUCUUAGCUGGACCUGUCACUCGAGACCUAGACAGAGAACUCGAUAUAAACUUGGCUGCAGAGCAGGCGCUUUUCUUUUCUAAAGAAAACGAAAAGAAAGAAGAAGAAAAACAAUUGGAAAACUAAGGAAGGAGGAGUGGGGAGGAAAAGCGAAAUUUUCCCUCUACCCUCGCCCAACUACCCCCGGACUCGGCCCAACUCUCUGUCAGUUUCAGCGUCCAAAUCGUUCGAGCUGCGAAAUACGCCUGUUUUGCAUGCUAGAUAUAGUUUUUUUGUUUUUACCACAGAGUGAAAAAGCUUGCAAUGCUGAAUGAUGCAGUUCUUAAAAAUUGUUGGUUGUGCUUUUCGUUCGAUAAGAGUGAUGAUUUUCUUCCUCUCCUUUUAAAGGAUACGGUCUUAAGUGCUACAAGUGUGCCUCAGCGAAGAGUUGGGAUGACUGCGAAAAAAACAAGGAAGAGAUGACUUGUACUUCCGGUUACGACAGCUGUGGCAAAAUUUACUUUGAUGGAAAAGUGGCAGGCACAGGAGUGGAAGGUUAUGGCAAAUCAUGCGCCAUCAAAUCGGGCUGUAACAAGGAUCUGUGUAAGGCAAUGCAAGCAGGAAUAGCAAUCGACAAGUGUGAAGUCAACUGCUGCCAGGGAGACCUGUGCAAUGGAGCUAAAGUACCAUUGGUCAGCGCCUUUUUGAUCUUGGCAUGCGCUCUUCUAGCUUUUUUUCGUUAAAAACUGUUAAGUGCAAAGUUUUGAGUUUUAUAACCUGCGUUUUAUAGCACGAAAAGUAGUUUUUUUAGUUAUGUCUUGUUCGUAAGCUUGAUUUUCCUCAUAUUAUGAUCUCUUGAGGACGCAAUUUGAAGGGUAACAAAGAAAAUUGUAACAUUUUCAAGAAGUUUAAAAAGUAGAUUUAAAUUUGCACUUGUUAGUCUAAAGUUUUCAAUGGG